AGAUCGUUUUACAUUUUAUGAAUAUUUCAUAUAGUGUUACAAAUGCAUGGGUUAAGAGAAGUCAGAACUUAUAUUGACUAAAUAUACCAGGAAGUUUACUGUGAAUAUCUGGUUGACAAAUGGAUACACUCGAAAGUUUGUAUUUAUUUUGUGCCAGGUUGUGUGAAGAACUGUGAGAUUUACACACGGACAUUAUAAUGAUUUAAUAUAAACGUAACAAGUGGCACAGAAUAUUAAAUUGACAUCAGAGCUGAUGUGUCACACCUCUGUAUGGAUAUUCCUGACUGACUACUACGUUUAUAAAAAAAACAUUUAAUUAGCUAAAAAGUUUCAGAACAUAUUCCAUCCCUUGUCAAUUGGUCUUUUCAGACUCGUAAAUAGCAAUGGAAAGUUGGAAAUAACAUCGACUAUGAAAACUAUAAACUAGUCAGCAUGUCUGUUAUCGUCGGUAAUAUUUGAAAUGAAGAUUUCUCUGGGGAAAUUCAUACAUUUUAAACUGUCCUGCUUGUUUAUAUUCUUCUUAUUUGUGCUUUUAUAUAUAUCUGGAAGCUUAUACUGGAUAUUUACCGAAAAUUAUCUAGGGGAACCAGCACUGGUCGAAAUUAAUAAAUGCCCCGUAUGCUACGGCGAAUCGCUGUGUCAGACACUGCUCAGAAAUCAAAUCAAGCUUUCAAAUCUAGCAAAAGUGAGAUUUCUUGAUAUAUUUGGAUCUAAUUCGGAUAGGAUGUAUCAUGCGACCUUAAAUAGCCCUAAUCGAGGUAACACGGAAAUCGUGCUCAAGAAGCUUGGAAAAAACCAUGAUCUCAGUGACUUAGACGCUCUAAUUUGCUCAAAAGCCAAAAUGGCCGACGACUGUGAUGUAUCUAGUGCCAUUUCAAAACUUUCAUUUGUAAAACAAAGUGGACAAGAUGCAAAGUUUGCAAAAUAUCUACAAGGAUCGUCCAAAAUGUUUUACUGUCCUUCAACACGACUUGUAUCUGAACUGUUUAACAAAUACAAAGAAAGGUCUGCAACUGAUGAAGUUACGCUGCGAGAUCGGGUUAAGAUCUGGUCAACUGCCAUUAUUAACCAAGAGCCACUUUUGUUGCAGAUGUUUCCGGCAGCUGAUGGUUGGCCAUUCCCAGAGUAUGUCGGGGCCUGUGGUCGGUACGUUGCUGUUGGUAACGGAGGAAAACAAUUGUCUGCAUUUUACAAUGCUAAUUGGUCAUUGAGGGCUGACAUCGCAUAUCAGCUGAUGAAAAUUGCAGAAAUGCUGACGAACAAUAAAGCAGAUUUUGCUCUCUAUCUCACAGACGUAAUCGACGACAAUUUUGCGGUCGAUGCUGAUGGAAACGUGACGGUUAUUGAUCUCGAGGAUGUACUAGUAGUUGACAAGCUGGCCGUAAAAUCUGCCAAGCCCAAAGGCUGGGAAGAUGUUCACGAAAGCGUGUAUGCCGAGUGCCCAGGAAAAACUUUCAAAUCGUGCCAUUCCUUCUCAGAAGUCCAUUUAUGUAGUCACGUGACAUCAGACCAUAACUACUACGCUAUCUGUCGGUACAUUCUCACGCCUCAUCAUGGCAGCUUGAAGAAAGAUCCCGCUCAAGCGGACGGACUGCUUCACGAUAUUCCAAAAAAUAUUGAUGAAGACUGGGACCUUGAAUAUUUGCUUAAUGAGUGUGUAUCCCCGAAAAGACAACGAGGCAGGAUACAAGUAGUUCAUAAGAUUAUAGAAGCACUAGAUCACAUUAGAAAAUUGUGAUUUUAAUACACCCAUUAUUAUACACAGGUUAUACAAGAGUAACUUUUAACCAGAUACGUGGUCGUUUCUAGUAAGAUACCUUUUAUUCAGUGCCUGACAGUUACCCUACAAAGUAUGGCGAGAUGGUUUACGUCGUUUACCUCAUACUACCUUUUACCACUGUAGACUCCAAACAACGCUUGUUCGUGUAGGAUCCUUUUAUCGUAUGUGAAAAAGCCCUCGAGUCGGUGGUUCUUAUAAUGCACGGAGGGGAAACAGCCGUCUCCCACUACCAGCAUCAAAGAAGAAUUAUUGUAGUUUAAGUGUAAUUCAGAAAUACUCCGCAUAUUCAACAGGCAGCGGUAAUGUGUUACUGGAAUAACGUGAAGAGGACUUCAGAUACUUAUCUGAUAGCUACAUUGUCUAAAUUACAUGAAAAUUUACUCACCUUUGUGCACGGUUGGUGUACAUGAAUAUAACAACGUACAGGUAUACAUGCCUUCUGGGUAUGGACAAGAAAUUAACACAGUUUAAUGUGGCUAAGCUGCAAAGUUUCCAAGAUACUGUGAUAUGAUGAUAAUUCUAAGAUUUUUAAUGUAAUUGCAGAUCUGUUAUAAACUUUGUGAGAUUCUCUUGGUUUUGGUGUGCAGUGGCUAUUGUUACAGCGUAUGUCAGUAGAGGUGUGACAUAUAGACAAAUAUUUUGAUCAACACGCAAGACAGAAAGUGGAAACCAUUCGCAUUUGUAACAAUACACCAUUUUUGAUAUCAGAGCCAUAAACGGACAUUAAGUAUUCGUUAUUUAAAAAAAAACUGAUAGAUACCAGGGUUUUGUACUCGGUUUUGCAAUAUUUUAUGUUUACUGAAUAACUAAAUGAUACACGUAAGCCCAUGUUUCUGUAAUAAGAGUUGAUGUAUGUACAUUAUCUCUAAAAUUCUUGUAACUUUCAGUCAAAUUCCUUAUUUUGCCCCACAUUUGCUCAAUUUAAAUACUUUCUAAUGUUUAUUUUGUCAUAAUGUCCAAGCGCACUCAGUAUGCUAGAGGCGUGCACCCUGUGCGGAGAAAAAUAUUUGAUUACGUAUUUCAAGUAAAUCCAGAAGUCGUACAGAAGAGUUACAGAUCACUUAUUUGUAAUAAUUAUUAAUAUUUCGGUUUAUUAUUGUUGCUUUUGUAGACAUUCCAUGAAAUCCCUUGAUGUGUACACUUAUGUUAAAGGUUAUUUAUGCUCCAAGAUGACAUUAACUUCUCAUGAGAUUUUACAUGUUAUAGAUCUAUACAUAUAAAUAAAAUUGUGAAAUAACAUAAAUAUGCUUUGAUAGUGAUAAUGAUUUAUAAAAUGUUUGUUUUGUGUAAUAUAAUGUGAAAACGGAAACCAUGAAUUGAUGUUAAGCUCUGCAUAAUUAUUUACACCUUAAAAGUUUGUGCGUACAAAUAGUCGUGUUAAAUAUACAACGCCAUUGAAUAGGCCCAAUGUCAUUGUAUAGAAAUAGGCGUGUUAUCAAAUGAAUCAGUUUGUGAUUAGGUUGUAUUGUGCGGAAGAAAAACUUGCACAUUUUUAAUUUUACAGACAACAUCAAAUUGUGUAUUACAUAGGAACCGAUAGGGUCACUUUUGACUUAACAUGAAUAGGACAGGAAACAUAAUAACUUUAACAACAGUUACUGUUUCUGAGGAAAUCAGAAACUGUUUCCGAAUUCACUUUGUUCUAAUGGGUGUGUGAAAAUACUCACUCGAUGACAAUGAUAUUGUUCGUUUUAUACGAAGUUCAUUCUUUCGCACUGUACACUGGUAAGGGCAAUGGUGUGAUAAUACGGCACUGGUAAGGGCGAUAGUGUGAUAAUAUGACACUUGUAAGGGCGAUAGUGUGAUAAUACGGCACUGGUAAGGGCGGCAGUGUGAUCAUACGACGCUGGUAAGGGCGAUAGUGUGAUGAUACGGCACUGGUAAGGGCGAUAGUGUGAUGAUACGGCACUGGUAAGGGCGACAGUGUGAUGAUACGGCACUGGUAAGGGCGAUAGUGUAAUGAUACGGCACUGGUAAGGACGGCAGUGUGAUGAUACGGCACUGGUAAGGGCGAUAGUGUGAUGAUACGGCACUGGUAAGGACGGCAGUGUGAUGAUACGGCACUGGUAAGGGCGGCAGUGUGAUGAUACGGCACUGGUAAGGGCGAUAGUGUGAUGAUACGGCACUGGUAAGGGCGAUAGUGUGAUGAUACGGCACUGGUAAGGGCGAUAGUGUGAUGAUACGGCACUGCAUGGUAAGGGCGGCAGUGUGAUGAUACGGCACUGGUAAGGGCGAGAGUGUGAUGAUACGGCGCUGGUAAGGGCGACAGUGUGAUAAUACGGCACUGGUAAGGGCGAGAGUGUGAUGAUACGGCGCUGUUAAGGGCGACAGUGUGAUAAUACAGCGCUGGUAAGGGCGAUAGCGUGAUGAUACGGCACUGGUAAGGGCGAUAGUGUGAUAAUACGGCACUGGUAAGGGCGAUAGUGUGAUAAUACGGCACUAGUAACGGUGAUAGAGUGAUAAUACGGCACUGGUAAGGGCGAUAGUGUGAUAAUACGGCACUGGUAAGGGCGACAGUGUGAUAAUAAGGCACUGGUAAGGGCGACAGUGUGAUCAUACGAUUCAACAGCGCUAUAGCAAGAUAUGAUGUUCUGGCGCGAUGACAAGUUGUGAAAACACGAUGUGAAAUUGCGAUAUCAUAAAGCGCUUCUUGCCAUUGUAUUAUCACAUCAUUGCAAUGUGUCUUCCCAUAUUAUCAUUGCACUGUCACAUAAACCAUUGUACAGGGCGACGGGGUGAAAAAUGAAUGCCCUAACGGAACACCAUAGUUUUGAUUAUAGUAAAAGCAAGACUGGAAAAGACUUUCUGGUGUUAACGUCGUUACCCAGGUACCUAGCUAUAUACAUUUUCUAUCUGUUAUGGUCUUGAGCAAUCAUAUCAGUUUUAUACGUGUUUAAAAACCGAAGUGAUCAAAGGUUUGACGUUUGCACAUCUUGUACUUACAGUCCCAGCUUGACCACGCACAAUGUGGAAGCUAGAUUUGAAAAUUAAUAAUGUUUUAUAUAAAAAAGAUGCAAACAAAUUUUGUUAAGUUUCAAGACAGCUCCACAGAAAUUUUCUCAAGUUCUGAACAAAAGAACAGCAAUUGGUCAUAACUGAAUGCAAAAAACAAUGGCGACUGGAUUUCUGUUAUAAUUUUUAUACAGGGAUAUUGUCUUACAGUGUAUGAAAAUUAUGUAGCUUGGCGCUUGCAAUACAUUUUGUAUGUUGUAACGCGUAAAGAAAAAUUGUGUCAGAGACGAACACCGUAUACGAGCCAUCCACGAAAAAGGUUAAAAAAACGCACAAAAAAAAAAAAAACCCACUGAAACUGAAGAAAAAUGUCAACUUCAAACAAAAUACGUUGUCAAACGUGUAUAUCCUUGUUGAUCAACGGUUGAAACUUGGCAAAAUGCCUCGUAUAAACCUUUGUACAAAGUCAUUUUCAUUUGUUUCCAGAUCAACUAAGUUUGUAUUAAUGACAAAGAUACGGUAACGGUGUGUACAUGACGACUGGAUCAAUCUUUGUUUGUAUUAUGGCAAAAAAAUAUUAACUGAUAAUAACUGUUUCUAUGCAAGCAUAAUAAUUAGUCAAGAGUACGUUAUGUUACACGUACUUUGAUAUUUGAUCAUAUAAUAAAACAAAGCAUUCA